CCCAAUGGCAGAGGCCGAGGGUUUCAGUUAGCGCUUGGUUGUAGGAUAGGUAACUCGAUUGUCAUAUCAACGGGAGGAAUUCCGUCAUAUUUACCUUGUGUUCUGAAGAUUCUGUUGUUCAGUCAAGAUGUGGCUGUGGGUUGCAGCAUCCACGGUUGGCUUUGUGAUCGUGGUCAAGGUCGUGUACACCUUGCGCUCAGGGAAAUGUCGGUCCGAAGUCAAACUCGUCGGCAAAACAGUCAUCGUUACGGGCGCUUCUGCAGGCAUUGGCAAGGAAACAGCAAGGGACUUGGCUGAAAGAGGAGCCCGUGUCAUACUUGCUUGCAGGAAUCUAGAGAAAGCACAGAAGGUUGCAGAUGACAUCAUCAACACCACAGGCAAUGGGCAGGUGUUGGUACGUGAACUUGAUACCUCAGACCUCAAAUCUGUCAGGAAAUUUGCAAGGGAGAUUCUUGCUACAGAAAAGCGUCUAGACAUCCUGCAUGUUUCCAUUUCAGGUCUGCUGAAAUCUAGUAGUCCCAGUCGCGUAAUUAAUGUGAGCUCGGCUGCUCACUACUUUUGCAAGGAAUUAAACUUCGACAUCAACUUCGAGAAGAAGCCAUAUCCUGGUUCACUCUUUGUCUAUAGCCAGUCCAAACUUGCCAACAAUCUCUUCACUCUAGAAUUGUCUGAAAAAAUGAAAGACACAGGUGUUACUACAAAUUGUGUUCAUCCUGGUAUUGUUAACACAGAAAUCGUACUGAAGGAAAAUAAGAACUUCCUUAACUACAUCUCUGCAUUCAUUUUCUGGAGUAUGGGCAAGGAUGAGAAGUUAGGAGCACAGACAACCAUCCACCUUGCAGUAUCAGAAGAAGUUGCAAGUGUGUCAGGAAUGUAUUAUACAGAUUGUAAGAUCACCAAGCCCUCAGAUUUAGCCAGUGAUAAGGGAUUAGCCAAAAAGCUGUGGGAGGUCAGUGAAGAUUUGGUUGGACUCUCCCAGGAAGAGAAGAACUACUGCACACUAGUAUUCAUUCCCAAACUUUUUACAGUAUUCCAUGUUGUUCUGGAAAUAUGCAAGGAAGGUAGGCAGAUUAGAGAGCGCUUCAUAUAUUCUUCAGAAGCUUGCUUGUCAUAUUUUCAUUCAAUGGUAAGCAAUAUCUCUCCUUCAGUUAUAAAGAAUCCAGUUCUAGAGCCCAUCCCAAAUAUGGACAACUGCUUUAAUAUUUCCAUGUAUUACCUGAGUAACCCAAAGCCACUCAAGAUCAUGAUGUUUAUGCAUCCCCUGCACAUGUCAGCAUCAAAACCAAAUACAAAGAAUGCAGCACGUAUGAACGGCAGGAUAGCUCGUAGGGCAGACUCUGCAAAGGGCGUUCCCAGGCAUUGUGAUUGUACCGUGAGUAUAUAUCAUACACAGAUAAAUUCAUGGCAGGGAGCUGCUACCGCCAACACCCCAGACUACGAAGAAUACCUCACGUGCCACGGAAUAAACAAUGCAGGAAUGUCUGGUCUAACCACAAAAAAAAUCACAAAGGAUGUUUUGGAGUUAACGUUGGCAACCAACCAUUUUGGUCAUUUCUUGUUAACCAAUAUGUUAUUGCAAACAGUCAAACAUUAUAUUAAAAUUUCCUUCAUGUUUCCAGGGCUGCUCAGAUCUAGUAGUCCCAGUCGCGUAAUUAAUGUGAGCUCGGCUGCUCACUACUUUUGCAAGGAAUUAAACUUCGACAUCAACUUCGAGAAGAAGCCAUAUCUUGGUUCACUCUUUGUCUAUAGCCAGUCCAAACUUGCCAACAAUCUCUUCACUCUGGACCUGUCUCAAAAAAUGAAAGACACAGGUGUUACCACAAAUUGUCUACACCCUGGCAUUGUUCACACAAAGCUCAUAUUGAAAGGAAAUAAGAAUUUACUCAACUGCAUUAUUGUAUUCGUAUUCUGGAGUAUGAGUGAGAAAAUUGCCAAAAUGAAAGGGACAUCUCCCAAAGAGCUCCGAGAUCCCUCCCAACAGAAUGACUAUCGGCCGACUCGAGUAGACGGAGAAGCUCAUGUCAGCUCCCACCAGACCUUUUAUUGUGGUCCUCGAGGCCGAACAGGUGCUUCUUGGGACUCACCUUGCCCAUCGCAAAAUAUCUUGAUUUAA